UCCUCUCCUUGCAAAUUUGUUUCCACCACAAAUACUUCAACCUGUGAUGGCUGAAGCACUCGUUUCUGUUCUCAUAGAACAAUUGGCUUCGAUCAUCUGUCAACAGGUGAAAUUGAUUGUCAAUGUUGAGAAAGAAGUUGCAAACCUCACGGACAAUUUCCGAGCUAUAGCAGCUGUGCUCAAAGAUGCAGAGGAGAGGCAACUCAAGGAGGCUUCUGUUAAAGUGUGGCUGGAUGAUUUGAAGGACGUGUCCAGUGAGAUGGAGGACGUGUUGGAUGAUUGGAACACUGAGAUUCUGAGGCUACAAAUUGAGAAACAAGAGAAGGGAGCUGGAAAUAUUGUUGAUACGACAAAGAAGAAGGUAUGUCUAUGCAUUCCUGCUGCUUUCUUUUCUUCUGGCCAUGUUAGUCGAGUCAUUAAUCGUCAUGACAUUGCUAUGAAGAUUAAAGAUCUCAAUGGAAGGUUAGCAACCAUUGCUAACCGGAGGCAAAACUAUAACUUCCAGUACACAAAAAGUGUUGUUGAGCAUGUUGAGCGACAAAAGACUACUUCUUUUGUUGAUCAAACAUUUGGUCGGGUAGAUGAAAAGGAAUUAUUAGUGGGUAAGUUGUUGAGUGAGAGUGAUUCUAAAGAACAGAGCCCUAUUGUCAUCCCUAUUAUAGGGAUGGGCGGUAUCGGGAAAACAACCCUUGCCCAACUAGCCUUUAAUGAUGAUAGGGUUAAUGCCAAUUUCACAAAAAGAAUAUGGGUUUGUGUCUCAGACCCAUUUGAUGAGCUCAACAUAGCCAAAGCCAUCAUUGAACAACUUGGUGGGAGUGUUAGUUCCGGUUCGAGUGACUUGGAAGUUUUAGUCAAAAGCUUGCGCGAGUCUAUUGAGGGGAAAAAGAUUCUCCUGGUCUUAGAUGAUGUUUGGAACCACCAGGAGUAUGGGAAGUGGGAAAAAUUAAAGCUACCGUUACAGUAUAGUGCAGUAGGUAGUAAAAUAAUAGUCACUACACGAAAAGAAGAAGUUGCUAUGAUGAUGGGAGCACUCAAUAACACAAUCAAUUUGACGGUGUUGAGUGAUGAGAAUUGUUGGUUAUUGUUCGCUAAAUUUGCCUUUACUAAUAUAAACCAAGAUGAGCGUAAACCUUUAGAACCUAUUGGUAGAGAGAUUGCAAAGAAGUCCAAAGGGUUACCUCUUAUGGCCAAGACUCUAGGUGGUGUCAUGUGCUAUAAGAAAACAAAAAAAGAAUGGCGGGAUGUUUUAAGUAAUAAGAUAUGGGAGUUGGAUAUAGAGAAGCAAGUUUUUCAACCACAGUUGUUAAGUUAUUAUGAUUUAACUGCAGAGAUCAAACGUUGUCUCUUAUAUUGUGUUAUUUUCCCAAAAGACCAUAUAAUUGACAAAUAUAAUUUGAUCGAGUUGUGGAUGUCCCAAGGUUAUAUUUGUUCAACUGGGAACAAAGGAAAGAUGGAUAUUGGAGAAUCAUAUUUCGAUAAUUUGGUGAUGCGAUCUUUCUUCCAGAAUUUCAAGAAAGAUACAUUAGGAAAUAUCAAAGUGUGCCAAAUGCAUGACAUUGUGCACGAUUUUCUCCAAUUCUUAACCCAGAGGGAUUGUUUCAUUUUGGAGGCUCAGGGUGUAAAAAAAAUAGAAUUACCAAUAGGGAAUAAGUUUCGCCACUUGAGCAUUACAUCGGCACCUAGAGAUCCAUUUCCCGUUUCUCUUAACCAUUCCGAGAAUCCAAGGACCCUCGCAACUUUUAAUUGUAAAUUUGAGAGUCUCAACCCAGAGUUUGUUUUACAAUUAAAAUGUUUGAGGACCUUAAAUUUGAGUAAUAACGAUAUGGAACAACUUCCAAGCGAGGUUGGCGGGUUGGUGCGCUUGAGGUAUUUGGAUUUGUCCUACAACAACUGGAAGAAAUUACCCGACAGUCUGUGUAAUCUGAUCAAUUUGGAGACCUUGAGACUUGAACGCUGCUUCGAUCUUGAAGAGUUGCCCGGGGCAAUGGGAAAGCUGACCAACUUGCGGCACCUCCAUGUUAAGAAGAGUUAUCUGAGGUUGCCAAAAUCAAUUGCGAAGCUGACGAGUCUACAGACUCUGGAUCAAGUUAAUAUUCACUCCACCGAUGGCUUCUUCAAGGUUAGUGAUUUGAGGAACAUGGAUCAGAUUCAAGGCAAGCUUUGCAUAAGCUGGUGGACGCCGGACCAACCAGAUGAUGCGGAGCAAGCAAAAUUGGUGAACAAGAAACACCUUGUUUCUUUAAAGCUGUCGUUUUGGAAUCCCAAGGGUGACAGUCUCAAGCAGGAAGAAACACUGAAUGCCUUGCAGCCAAAUCCAGAUCUGGAAUCUUUGAAGAUCGAUAGCUACGGUGGCGCCUCAUUGUGCCCCAACUGGAUGAACACGUCGUCGUCAUUAAAUAAUUUGAGAUGCCUUACCUUCGACGAAUGCGGUGGGUGUGAAUUUGUUCCUCUUGUGGUUUUGGGGAAAUUGGCGUCCCUUGAAGUACUGCGAUUUCGUGGUAUGAAAGUGAAAGAGGUGGGAAUUGAGUAUUCACGGGAACAAGUCACUUUAUUCCCAAAUCUCAAGCACCUGGAGUUCUACUACCUGCUGGAGUGGGAGGAGUGGGAAGGAAUGGCAGCUGGGUUGAGUGAAGAUUCACUUGCAGCAGGUAUCAAGGUUAUGCCAUGCCUUUCUACUUUAACAAUUACAUGGUGUCAGAUGCUGAAGACACUGCCAGACUUCCUUCGGAGGACGCCGCUCCAGAAUUUGAGCAUCCUUGCAUGCCCGAUUCUCUCGCGGAGUCUCGAAAACAGAGGAGGCACGGAGUGGGCCAACAUCUCUCACAUCCCAAACAUCCAAAUUGAUGGAGAGUUUGUACAAAAAGACGGAGUCCGGAUCCAAACAAGAAGAGGAGGAAGAAGAAGAUUGAGUUCAUCCAUCAUAUCAUCACCCAACUCGUUUGCCGCUUCAUUCUCUCUGGUCAUCUUAAUUAAUGGAUGAACCAUGCACAAAUGAAUCUCUAGUCUGAAAUUCAAGUCAUCAUCAUGUCAUCUGCAAAUUGAUCUAGUCUUUCUGCCAGUCUGCGACUCUGUACUGUCCUAUCAACAACAUGCAUGCGAUGCUUGAUUGUAACUUCAUAUGUAUACUUAAACAUUUGAUGAUAUUACUUCUUAAUCAGCUAGACUAGUACAGUAUUCAUUGUUUGCAUCUUCAGAUUGAUAUAUGCCUACUUCCAUUGUGUCAAGAAUUGGAUUCGUAUGAAUGAGCUCCAAACACAUAUAUGCAUUGAAGCAGACUUGUCGAGAAGUACAUGAUUGAUGGAUCAAUGUAGGUGGUUCAGGUGUCCACCAGGUCACGAGGACAGCUAAACAUCCGUUUUGACUGUUCUGUGUAUGCUAAAAGCUCUAUGGGAAAGACUGGAUUAAUUGUCCGUGACCAUGCUAGUGUCUUACACUUCAGGAUUGGCUGCUCCUAAUCCUCGAAUCUGUUAUUUAGCUCAUGUGGCUUGGGGAAACUGCCGGCAAGCUAGUUCAGAAUCUUUGACUCCUGUCAAGUUGGAGUCAGACUCCUUUCACUUGCUGCAGGCCCUAGAGGCAGGUCGAUAAUGACGUUCUGCAACUAUGUUUCUCCUUCAGCAGAAGUUGCAAAUUUGACAAGCUGAAGACAAUGCUAGACUUCCUCAGAAGACCCUUAGACCCUGAUCAAGAAUUUAAUCAUAUGGGACUGAGGUUGUCUAACAAUACUUCAAAAAGGGAGGAGUCCUCAAGUAGUGGUCCAAUAUUUAUCACAUCCAACACCGAAAUUUGAUCAUGCAUUUGACCAGGAAGUGUGGAUCCAACAAGAAGCAAAACAAGAUUUGAGUUCAUCAUGUUACCACACUUGUCUGCCAGCUCUUCUUUCUAUCUGGUUGUAGUCAUCUUUUGAGGAUGAAGCGCAUACAUAUGUUGAAGCUUACAAUGAUACAUGUUUUGGAUGUUUCGGCUGGUUGUUGAGGCUCCAACAUAACCGAGAAACUUAUCAUCGGCUACUAAUGAUCCAUGUUUUAUUAAGAUUUAUCUGGUUUUCUCUGCAACUGAUCAGAUGUUUUGUUUUGCUCGAUAGUCCAGUAGUUUAGUGUUGACGGCAACAACUAUGAUUGGGCUGUGUAAUCCUUUCUCAGGAUCUUGAUAGUAAUGGAAUUUAAUUCUACUGCUGAAGUCCUGUGUCCAUAUGAUUAUACUAUUUUUUUAGUGUCUUAAGGAUGGACAAUUCACUUAAGCUGUUGUCUGUUAGUUUGUUUGUGGCAGAUCGAGCAUUAUUAACUUACAACCCAAUUUAUUUGGAGGGAAUUUAGAUCAUUAGGUUUGAAUAUUUCAUGAAAACUAAUAGAUUCAAUGGCAUAUCAGAUCACUUACCUGCAAAUAUAUGAGUAUAUAUAUAUAUAUAUAUAUUGAACUUGAUAUUUGUGUUUGGUAUCUGGGGUAUUUUCUUUUGUCAAACUUGAUAUGUUUUUACGCUUGAUAUUCGUAAUGGACCUCUCGGCCGUUACUAUUCAUCUUACAUACGGGUCGGAUCCAGUCGUGCUGGGGUAAAAACUGAUGGGAGGGAAAACGCACUACCCAAACUUCUCUCGUACACUACUCAUCCUUUUA